AUGCCUGCAGACCCCAACUCCAGCACCAUGAACGUGUCCUCUGCUCACCUCCGCUUUGCCGGAGGGUACCUGCCCUCUGACUCCGAGGACUGGAGAACCAUCGUCCCGGCUGUCCUGGUGGCCGUCUGCCUGGUGGGCUUCGUGGGGAACCUGUGUGUGCUUGGCAUCCUCCUCCACAGGGCGUGCAGGGGAAAGCCGUCCCUGAUCCACUCCCUGAUUCUGAACCUCAGCCUGGCGGAUCUCUCUCUCCUGCUGUUUUCGGCGCCUGUCCGAGCCACCGCCUAUGCCAGAGGUGCCUGGGACCUGGGCUGGUUCGUCUGCAAGUCCUCUGACUGGUUCACCCACACGUGCAUGGCGGCCAAGAGCCUGACGACCGUCACGAUGGCCAAAGUCUGCUUCAUGUACGCGAGGGACCCAGCCAAGCAAGUCAGUGUCCACAGCUGCACCAUCUGGUCGGGGCUGGCAGCUCUCUGGGCCGUGGCUGGCCUGCUGCCCCUGCCAGAAUGCUUCUUCAGCACCACCAGGCUGCAGGCAGGGGUGGAGAUGUGCCUUGUGGAUGUGCCCGCGAGGGCCGAGGUGUUCGUGUCCGUCUUCGGUAAGCUCUACCCCCUCCUGGUGUUUUGCCUGCCGUUACUCCUUGCCAGCUUUUAUUUCUGGAGAGCUUACGGCCAACGUCAGAGACGAGGAACUAAGUCCCGACAUCUCAGGAACCAGGUGCGCUCCAGGCAGCUGACGGUGAUGCUGCUCAGCAUGGCUCUCACCUCGGCUGUCCUGUGGCUCCCCGAGUGGGUAGCCUGGCUGUGGCUGUGGCACCUGAAGGCUGGCAGCCCAGCCCCACCCCAGGGCUUUAUAGCCCUGUCUCAGGUCCUGCUGUUUUCCACCUCAUCAGCAAACCCGCUCAUCUUCCUUGUGAUGUCAGGGGAGUUCAAGGAAAGCCUGAAAGGCUUGUGGAAAUGGAUGAUAACCAAAAAGCCUGCAGCUGCCGCCGCUGAGUCUCAGGAACCACCACCAGCUGGGGACUCGGAGGCCCUUCCUGACAAUAUUCCCUCCCAGGAGUCCCCAGUCUCCACGCCAGAGAAAGAGAAAACGGGCUCUCCUGCCUCCAGAAGAGAGAGAAGCCAGAAGGCAGAGAUGCCCAUCCUCCCGGACGUAGAGCAGUUCUGGCACGAGAGGGACACAAACCCUAGUGAACAAGACAACGACCCCAUCCCCUGGGAGCAUGAAGAUCGAGAGACAGGAGACUGUGAUAAGUGA